AAUAAUAAUUGAAAUAUUAUAAUUAAGCUAAUCAUGAUUUUAGUAUUAUUCUAAGUUAUGUAUUAAAUCAUAAAAUUGUUGUAAUAUGGUGCCUAAGUGACUUCCGCAUUGAAUUCAAUUCCGUACAAGGUUGCUAUAGAAACUCCUAUAAAUAGUGUAGUGAGUUUGUUUGGAAAGUUCUUCAGUGAGACAAAUAAGCAGCACCAUGGAGGGACUUCCCAAGCUCCCUGGUUUGCAAAUUGAAGAUCACACCAAGCAGAAUCAUCAUUUGAGUCACAGUCUGAAGAUAAGAAAUGGAUAUCGGGUUGCAGAAGAACCCACUUGUGGUAUUGGACGCGAUGCAAUCUUCCGCAAGCAUGCUGUUCAAUUCAUCUCAAAGGAAGACGACCCAUUGGCGUAUGACCCAGUUCUCACGUACGGAUGCAUCCGAAAACCCCAAGUAGCACCCUUUUAUCCCCAUUUUGUACAAUACGACAAAAUGAUUCUCACGUUCAAAGGCUACUUCCGCCAAGAAGUUGCUGAACUACCCGAAGACGCUAAUCGCAUACGCUACGUAAAUAUUCUCUAUUUCCUCGAGGAUGACACAAUAACAGUUCUGGAACCUCAGGUUAAGAACUCUGGCUUUCUCCAAGGCAGAAUAAUCCGACGCAGCAGAAUUGCAAAGAAUCCCUCUGGGGAAUUUUAUACAUGGAAGGACAUCAAUAUUGGCACCAAAUUAAACUUAAAUGGAAUAACCUUCAGUGUGACAGGCUGUGAUCCGUUCACGAGGGAAUUCAUGCUGAGCCAGGGAAUUGAAUUAGAGGAGCCGGAAGCAAACUACACACACACAAUACACACAACCAAAGUCAAUAUUCCGGAGAUUAAAACAGAAUCAGAUGGGAAAUUGGGGAGAUUUCUCGAGUAUCAAGGGAAGGUUUUGCACUUUGACUGUGUUCUCGAUGAAACUAAUCGCCCCGGAGGGAGCUAUAUGACCUACAAAUUGUUCUAUUACUUGGAAGAUGAUACAAUUUCGAUAAAAGAGUUGAAGGAAAAUCGCGAAGGACGCGAUCGAUUUCCUCUUUUGCUGAAGAAAACGCGACUGGAGAAGAAUCUCCACAAUCCACCUGUUGAGUAUCCUGCCAAUGAGAAAGACAGAGGGGAUAAGCGUGUGGAUUAUUACAGCCCAUUGGAUCUAAUGAUUGGGGAUGUAGUCAAUGUGUACGGUAGGAAGUUUCUUCUCGUUGAUUGCGAUGAAUUUACACGAAAGUAUUAUGCAAAAGUACUUAAGAAACCCCAAAGGGAGAGAUUUGUCUUUCAUCCACCAAAGCCAAUUGCCAAAAAGCCCGAAAUCCCUCCGUAUUUGGGUUUGGGGACCCCUGAAGAUUCUCUUGCCUCUCACUUUAAUCUCGUGGCCAAACCACCGAAAAAAGACAUUAUAAACUACCUACAAAAUGUCAACAAAAACCUUCGUUAUGGAUGCACAUUGGAGUCCCCAUACCCGGAGGACAAGAAUAGAAGAUUUAUCUUACAAUUUUGUCUCUCGAAUGGAACUAUUACAAUAAUGGAGCUAAAAAUACCCAAUUCCGGAAUUAUGGGUGGUCGUUUUCUCACAUCACAGAAAGUCUGGAAACCAGGUUGUGAUCCUCAUCAGCCUGAGUACUACACUCCUAAAGAUAUUCUUCUGGGAUCAACUUUGACCAUAAAUUCUCAUCGCUUUCGAAUCAACAGUGUGGAUCUCUACGUCUAUCGAUACAUGCAGGAGCAUCCUGAGCUAUUCACCAAUGAAGCCAUUGAAAGUGUACAGCAGUACCAUAUUGCUGAAGGAAAUCUCCCCCCUGCCACGGUGGCGGAGACGCCGAAAUCUCCCACAUUGCCCAAUGAAACAUUUAAUCAGUUGACUGAACUUGAACAGCAUUUGAAAGACACAAAUUUAUGCGACAGAGAGAAAGAGCAAUUCAUUGGCAAGUACGAGGAGGUUGAUAAGGUGAAAGAAAGCUUACCAGGGCAGGAAAUUGAUAUCAGUGAACUCCACAAGGCCGAUGCAUGUGGAGAUAAAUCAGUGGGAAAGGUUAGGCGGGACUUUCAUACAAUUCCCACCAAAAGGCAACACUCGGCUGGAAAGACAGUUACUUUUGGCAAUAUUUCUUGAGAAAAAGAUUCUUGAACACUUUGUAAUGGUAUAUGAUACCGACCUGCAAGUGCCGGAUGUCGUAUUUCAACUGAUCCACACGCAUUUUAGCAUUCUGCCUCUGUGCUACAGGUACCUUGAAGACAAACACAUCCAAUCGCUCGCAAUUCCUGUAAGUAAAGUGACAUUCAGAACAAAGAUGCAAAGAAAACAAGAAAAUCAUUUCUACAAAACAUUGGAAACUUACGCAUUGACAGCAGCUAUUUUAGUCUGGAUCUCACUCUCCACGUUUCCCGCAUUGCCUUGUGAGGAAUUUAGCAGCUGGAAACAAGCCUGAGUUUCCUGAAUCAGUUUAUUUGUUUGAUGAUAGAGAGGUUCCAUGUUUUUGGUUGGAACAGGACAAUUUGUGAGGACGUGUACCGCCAGUGAAUCACACUGAAGAACCCAUUCGUGCCAUGACGAAAUUUUAAAAAAGCCGUUGGUUACACUGAUAUCAUUACGUAGUUUACAACAGCAAAUGUCGUAAUGAUUUUAUUUGAUUCAUCAUUCAAAAGGCAUUAAGUUGAACCUAAAAAUAGGUUCCUGAUUUUUUUUCAGUGUAAUUUAAAUAAUUUAAGAAAAAAUAAAUGUUUGGUAGUCGAAAGAA